AUGGCAACCUUAUCUUGGGUCUAUAAGCUCUAUCGCCCUCGAACAGCAUAUCAUGUGCCAAGGACUGGAUCCCGUCGAUACAUAUCAUCCAACAGCCGCUUCUUUCAAGUCUCAGGGGAAGUUCAGCAGGCCGUUGCGGAACGACGACCCGUAGUGGCACUAGAAUCAACCAUCUACACCCACGGCUUUCCCUACCCGGACAAUCUAUCUCUGGCCUCUCGGCUCGAAAGUCUAGUCCGCGUCAAUGGAGGCGUACCAGCAACAAUAGGCGUCCUCGAUGGCGUAGCACGAGUCGGUCUUGGCGCCGACGAGCUGGUUCGUCUCGUCUCAUCUGCUGGCCAAAAGACGAUGAUGAAGAUCUCUCGACGUGAUCUCGGCUUCGUCUGUGGCAAGCGGGGACCUGACGGGCAAGCACUGAAUGGUGGGACAACGAUCUCGGCAACCAUGCUCUUGGCUCACAAAGCUGGCAUACGCAUAUUCGCCACUGGUGGUCUGGGUGGCGUUCACAGAGGCGCCCAACAGACUUUAGAUAUCUCUGCAGAUCUAACGGAGCUGGGGCGGACGCCUGUGACCGUCAUCAGCUCAGGCUGUAAAGCGUUCUUGGACCUGCCAAAGACACUUGAGUAUCUUGAGACUCAAGGUGUAGCCGUGGCUACCUUUGCGGAUGGUCGAGAUGGUGCGGUCGACUUUCCUGCGUUCUGGUCGAGAGAUAGUGGUGUGCGAUCGCCCAUGACUAUCCAGGAUGAGCUCGAAGCAGCGAGGAUCAUUCAUGCGCAUCUAUCACUUGGUCUUAUGUCUGGCCUACACUUUGCCAGUCCCAUACCCGAGACACACUCGAUACCCAAGCCACAGAUGGAGCAAGCCAUUGCGCAGGCGCUCGAGGAGGCUCAUGCUGCUGGUGCCAUAGGAGCAGCAAGUACGCCAUACAUACUCGCCAAGAUCAAGGAUAUUACCGGUAGCGAAUCUGUUGUCGCGAAUAAGGCCCUCGUCGAGGCAAACGUCAUACGCGGCACGAGGGUUGCUGUGGCAUUGAGAAAUCUGGAGCUUGACGAAGGCGGGCAUGAGAACAGCCAGAUCCGUCUUGAGAAGCAGAUGACAGGACCAGCAUCAUCAAACUAUACAACCACAGGCGUGUCCAAAGGCGUGUCCAACAGCGUGACAGAUCCAUUCCCAGCAAAUGAGACCUCCGACACAGUGUCCGCGAUUGCUGCCAUUGAACAGCCUGCUAACAUCUUCGUUGCUGGUAGUCUGAAUGUUGACCUCUCGUGCGACUUUGCACCACGAUCGGGCACUAUGUCAAUCGUACCAGAGAUGCAUACAUCUAAUCCAGCUGCUAUUAGCCAAUCGCUGGGUGGAGUCGGCUACAACGUGGCACGGGCUGCACAUCUGAUGGGCAGCACAGUCCGGCUAUGCAGUGCUGUUGGUGAUGACUUGUCAGGCCGAGCGGCAUUAAAUGCACUGAAGAGCGAUGGGAUGUCCGUUACUGGCGUGAAGACGUUGCCAGCUGACAAUGGGAGUCGAACAGGCCAAUAUGUCGCGAUCAACGAUGGCAAGAAGGACCUCGUUCUAUCCAUGGCAGACGUCAGUAUCCUCGAACAAACCCAGCCAGGCUCAGAUGUGGUGAAGGCAUUCGACGAGUUCUGGCUACCACAGUUUUGGACAGCGAAGCCAUCAUACUUGGUCCUGGACGGCAACUGGCCCCCUGUUCAUCUAGCUCGCUGGCUAGAAGCAGGAAAUCAGAUUGGAGCUCACAUCAGCUUCGAACCAGUGAGCAAUAUCAAGAGCACCGGCAUCUUCCAGCUGCCAGCUUCACAGACACUCGCCACUUUCCCUUCGCCAUCAAUCAACCUCGCCACACCCAAUGCCUUCGAACUAGCAGCUAUGCACACUGCAGCUCGCGAAGCCCGGUUCUUCGACCGUCAAGACUGGUGGGAGGUCAUUGAUGCCAUGGGCAUACCUUCCUCGGGUGCUCGCGUGCAGAUGGCGCUUGCUACGAGUAGUACGCUGGUCGAUCGGGGGGUGCCGCAGCAGAGUAUACAGCUUCUGCCAUUUAUACCAAGCAUUUGUACGAAGUUAGGCAAAGAUGGUGUUCUGAUCACUCAGAUACUGGCGGCGAAUGAUCCGAGGCUGACGGAUGGGAAGUAUGCUCCUCAUAUUCUGUCGCGGUGCUCGAAUGGAUCGGAAAAAAGUCUUGGUGUGGGAGGUGUAUACAUGAGGCUGUUUCCCGUUAUUGAGGAGGUGCCGGCCAAGGAGGUGGUCAGUGUCAAUGGCGUAGGCGAUACCUUUGCUGGGACACUUGUUGCAGGACUUGCAAAAGACAGUGGCAAGAAAGUGGAGGACCUUGUAGACCUGGCGCAGAGAGCAGCAGUCUUGACGCUGAAGAGCAAAGAGAGUGUGAGUCCGGGACUUGGGACGUUGAGGAUACUACUAUAG